UUAUUUUUAGGCUAUGACAAAUGUCAAAUUUUGGUCACACAAUCUGUGAUAUUUAAUAUUUAUUUUUGGAAGACCGUGAGUGGAGUGAAGCGGAUAUAAUUAUAUAUAUUUAAAACAUGAUAUUGUUCUCUUAUCAGAAUGUCUGUUGAGAAUUGCUUAGUGAAGGCAAUUUAUUCAUUCAAGGGUAAAAACAAUGAUGAAUUAUGUUUCAAGAAAGGUGACAUUAUUACAGUCACUCAGAAGGAGGAAGGUGGCUGGUGGGAGGGAACAUUAGGUGAAACAACAGGAUGGUUCCCUAGUAACUAUGUUACUGAAUAUAAAGAUACUUCUGGGUCACUGACCACAUCACCAAUAAGAGCAGCUUCAGAAAUACAGGCUUUUAGAAAUGUAGUUCUAAAAGACAUAAUUGAUUCAGAAAAGGCUCAUGUAGCGGAAAUGCAGGGUCUUGUCAGCAAUUUCUUGCAGCCAUUAGAAAAGAGUGAUAUAUUGGUUAAAGAUGAAUUUAAGCAGCUAACCGGAAAUAUAAAUGAGGUGCUGCAAGUACAUGAGCAGUUCCUCUCUCUUUUAGAGGAAUGUGCAAUGAAGACAGGGCCAGACCAAAGAGUGGGAGGGUUAUUCUUACAGUGGGCGCCAAAGAUCAAGACAGUACAUCUGACAUACUGUGGUGGACACCCCAAAGCAGUCUGCGUUCUUGAUAAAUACAAGGAAGAACUAAAUACCUGGAUGGAAAAUGCCGGAGCAGUGUGUCCGGGGGUUCUUGUUCUUACUGCCGGUUUAUCAAAACCAUUCCGACGUCUCGGAAAAUACCCUGCCAUGUUGCAAGAACUGGCUCGCCAUGUCCAUGAAGCUCAUCCAGACAGGGGUGACACUCAUAGAGCAUCUGUUGUUUACAAAGAUAUAGUUAGUGCCUGUGCAGCUUUGAGGCGUCAGAAGGAGUUGGAACUUCAAGUUGUGACGGGUGAAGUCCGUGGCUGGCCUGGUGGUGAGCUCACGUCACUCGGCGAUGUUUUACACAUGGGUAGUGUUGCAGUUGGACCGUCACAUCAGGAUAGAUAUCUCGUACUCUUUCCUUCGGCUUUGCUACUACUAUCAGUUAGUAAACGCGUAUCUGCGUUUGUUUACGAGGGAUGUCUUCCAUUAACUGGUAUAAAUGUAUGCAAGCUAGAGGAUUCAGAUACAAGGAAAAAUGCAUUUGAAAUAAGUGGUCCAAUGAUAGAUACUAUUGUUGCUGUUUGCCAAACCAGAGCUGAAGCUGAUAAUUGGGUCAGCUUGCUUCAGAAGCACUCGAACAACAGCAGCCCUUCACAUGAGCCUUCCCAGCCGCAAUCACUACCUCAUAUGGCCUUGAGCGACAGCAAUAACGAAUUGUCCUCUGGUCUCACUAGUCACAAGAGAUCCCAUUCAUUCAACAAUCAUCAAAGCUUCACACAGCACACGCAGCAAACACAAAAGAAUAAGUCAAAAAAUCAAUCGGCGCGUUGGCUCCUAAACUCCUGUGACUCACUCGAUCAAUCGCCAGCUAAAUCAAAAAUACCUAUUGGAAAGAAAUUCCCAUCCGUGGAUUUCACCGACGCAGCAGACAUAAGCUACAUUAGUAAAGGGUGGAGCAUAACAUGUCUUCGUCCGGCGCCGCCUUUACGUCCGCAGUCAUUUACUGUGGGUUCAGAUGAGAACAUCGGCCCCACACACCCGUACGCGCCCCACCAGAGGAAAUCAAACUCCUACGAGGAAGAUGCCCUCAUACUGAAGGUCAUAGAGGCUUAUUGCACUUCCGCCCGGUGUCGCAACGCUGUUAGUUCGGUGGACUACUCCCAUUAUAAUUUCGGUAAAGUACAAUAUCAUGCACCCGCUACUAACAUGCCUCUUACGCACACUAAACUGUCGGUGACGUCAGACAGGAGUACCAAAGUGAAGCGGAACAAGAGCUCGGCCGACGCUUACAUGUACCGGGCACCUGAUAGGAGAUUAGUGCCGGAUAGGAAGUACAACCUGAAUAGAUCUAAUCCAAAUCUAUGGGAUUGCGCUGAGCGGAGGCGGACGAAUCUGAUUGGUGGGAACGAACGGAGGAGCGGCUCCCAGCCGAGUCUCGUGCCCCUUCGCGCUACCACUUCCCCCCAUCCAAUCCAGCCGUCACAACCGCCACGCUCAGCGCGUUCGUCUACAUGGUGCUGUGGGACAUUCGUCAAGCAGCUAACUAAAUCCCAUCAUUUCGACUGACAGUGAACUCCCACUAGACUAGUUCCUCCCCCCCACUCUGGACGCUACCUCCCCUCGCUAUAAUCCAGCUAGGUGUGCGUUUUGAUCGAGUGUCAGCUUCCUAAAUCAUUCAUCAACCGACUAAACGGAUCGUGGUGAUAGCAUGUACAUAUGUUAUAACACUGUUUCGUGUGCCAUUUUUUUUUCUUACAUAAAUAUGUCAUUGAAGUGUUAGAUAUGUGAACGUAGUUUUUUUUAUCAUAUUCAUAGUGAAUUUGUUCAGUAUUAUUAUAUAUAACGUGCUUAAAGGUUAUGGUGCGUUGUGGUUUUAGAUGCAUGUAUUCAGCAUAGCACGCUUUCAUAGCUAACUUAUGAAAUCGAUUUAAUAUAUCUUUAUAAAUCGAUUUCAGGCUUACUGGGAUGUGAAAUGUUCCUAUUAAUAAUAUUAAUGUCAUGUUAUUCGUAUUAAAUAUAACAAAAUAAUUUAAAUGCUUUUUUUCGUCAUUAUUAUUACAUGUUAUCUAAUGACGUUUAAAAAUGUAUUUAUUUGCAACUAUUUAUAAUAACUGGCAACACUAUAGUUUUCAUUAAAUGAGAAUGUUUGUUUUAGCAUUCGUAUGGAUUCUUUUUAUAUCAAAUAUUACAAGAAAAUAUAUUUCCUUGUUUUGUAAUACUAUCGUAGCCCCUACUACUGGUUUUUAUAACUCUAUCAAAUUUACGUAUUGGUUAUAAAUGUAUUCUCAUUUCCAAUAUAUGUUGGACUAAAUAUUGAUAUGCACCUGACCGCUUAACGUACUCAUUGGUGUAAGUUCAUUAUGCUUAAAACUUGCUGUAGUUUGCGUUUAUGUUAAUUCUUGAUUUUUAAUGAGGUUCUGAGAAAGGCGUUUUAUGUGUAUCCUUCAGUUUUUAGAAUAAAAUUUUUAAUAUUUUUAAUAAUCACUCAGUUUACAGCCCCAAAACGAAAAUUCGUAUAUAAGAUUUUUCUGAAAAUACAUACUAGUUGGUCAGCAACAGUUUUCGUCAACCACAGAACCCGUGUUAGGGGUAGAGUACAAUUUUAUAAUAUAUUAUUUAUUCCAUAAUUCCUUCAUAGUGAUGGCAUUGAAAGUCGUCUCUGUAUAAAAUUGUCUCCUUUUGGUUCUGUUGAAAUUUUUUAAACAUAAUAGUUGUAAGAGUUUGCUUCUUAUUAUGUAUGUAAGUUAUAUGGAAGCAAAAUCGUAAUGUAUCUUAAGGACAAAAAGUUUUUAAAAAUAUAUAUACAUAUAUAGGGUGCUAUUAAAAUAUAUGUUAAAAUCCAAUUGAAUGGAAUCUUUUAAUAUAGUUAGUUGAGUUCGUUUCACAAUUCGUUUUGUGCUCAUUCAAAAUUAUUUCUUACAAUCGAAGAAUAGGUCCAGUUUUCCAUUGAAACUCUUGUUGGCUGAUUGAGCCGUCUUGCACAACAAUAUCUGUUCGUUCGGAGCAGCUCGGUGACACAAAAACUUGCGUUUUUUAAUGUCACGAUUGUUAUGAAUAAUUAUUACUAUUCAACUCUUCCCUAGAUUAAGCAUAAGAAUGAAUCGUAACAAUCUCUCAUUCGUGUAUACGUUCACUGAUAUAUUUUAAGAAUGUUAUUUAAAUUUAUUUUUAUAUAAAACUGUUCCCAAUGUAGUUUAAUGAGAACAGUGUGCCUAACACAGGUUUACAUCAUCACUCUACAUACUAAGCGUUUCCUGUUUUUCAAGUAAAAUCCUACGUUUCAAUAAAACUAAUAGUUACGGAUUACUACACGUUACUUUAUUAUUAUGUAUAUUACACAUAUAAUUAUACGAAUAAUAAAACAGCGCGUAGUAAUCCGGAAAUAUUAGUUUUGUUUAAAUGAAAACUCGCGAAAGUCUUAUGUCAUCAUAGAAAUCGUUAAUAGAUUGAAGAUUUAUUAAUGAAAAUGUAAUAAAUCUAUCUAUCUAUCUACGUAUGUAGUUUGCGAUUCGAACCUGUGUUAAGCACAUAGAUUUGUUACACUAUAAACAGUUCCGUUAUACAAAUUAACUUUCCGUUAAACAGACGUAUGUAAUCGCGGCGGAAGGCAGGCAUUAGUUAAAUAUUUAAUAGCUCAGCUGCCACAUACCCUAACACAUCUAGACUGUAUUGUAACAAUCGUAAUGAAAUCGGAAAUGUUGAUCACAGUUUGAUACUAGACGUUGUUUAAAAUUAAAAUUGGAAUUAGGUCGGAUAUAACAAACCGUAUUUAGUACUGUCAGCGCUCGGGGAAUGUAUAUUUAAAUAGUGCUAUUUAUUUAUGCGAACAAAUUACGUCUCUGCCGGUAAAAGUUUUGGAUGGAAGUUAUAACAAAUGAUCGUAAUACCUGUGCUUCCAUAAUAUGCUUCCACUUGCAUUCAAAUAAAAUAUGCAAGUAUUAAAAAUAUUAAGCGUCCGUACUAACAAUACUCUAUAUGAAUCUUUACAUUUUAAAUGUAAACAUUAAUACGAAAAUGUUAUUUUUUUUUCUCGCCUAUAACAUCCAAUCGGAAUGAUUGAUUUGUAACUAUUGCUAGUCUAUGAUAAACGAUUUUUUUUUAAAAAGGUUAUAUAUUUUUAACAUUAUUAUUCUAUAGACUCGGUAGUUAAAUAUUUUAUUUCUUCUACAGCUAUAAAAAAGUAGCCUCAACGGAGGAAGCCAUGAAUGUCAACCGUUUUACACCUGCUUUGUUAUUUUAUGCAUCUUGCAGAGACAUUAACGUAAAUAGAUUUACGUUGCUGCAUAUUCUCUGAGAGGAACGUAAAAAGUGGGUGAAAUAAAUUAUGAGCCAAUUUCUUAAAACAUUGAAUAUUCAAAGCCUCUUGACAUUUGUGGUUAAUAAUAUGAAAGUUCUCUAGGACAUAGCACAGCAUUAAGCAAUAUUAAAAACAUUCUCGGAUCAAAAGUAAAAAAAUAAAAUAAUAAGGCUGUUUUUAUAUGUAGAAAGAUGGUUAGGUUAAGCAAUUAAAAAAAAAAGAUUUUACUCUAUCUUCUAGAGACGUCAUGGAGCUCAAAGUUUAAAAUUAAACGGUUUAGAAGAAAUCCUAAACGAAAAAUGCAAAAUUAAGUUGCUCUCCCAUCAUGAUCUCCCAUAAUGAUCGACACUUUCAUUAUCAUCCAUUUAAAUAUAUGUGCUUAAUUUCCAUCACACUCGCUAUUUGUUCUGCUCUUCAUUAAAACGAUAAAGUACAUUUAAAGUAUAUAUUCAAUUUGUCUAGCAUUUGUUUGUUUACUUGAUGUAUAGCUUUAAUAUGUGUAAUUGAUAAGAAUAACUCAUAUAUAUAAAGAGAUGCCAAAUCAUAUAGCCAAUAUCACAAUUUAGUUAUAAUGCACUCUCCGUUACUGACGAAACCAAAGUCUUAUACUUAUAAUCUUAUUCAAGCUGUUAUUAUAAUAUUCAUAUGUAAUCUAUUAUCACAAAAAUUAUCUUCUAAUGUGUUAAUUGUUAAUAAAACCACUUAGUAUCCAGACAUUAAGUCUAUUCGAGUUAAAGUGCGGUCUCUAUUCGAACACAAACUUAGCCAAUUUGCAGGCUUGAUUUAAUAUAGGAUCGCCUACACGACGAUUAGAACUAUUUCAACUACAAAAAAAUUAUUUCAAAGCAAUAAACAAUGAUUUUAAAAGUAUAUUAAAAUUAAAAUACACAUGUCAAAGUUAAAAAGAAAGCAUUGGAAUGUUUUUAAUUUUGACAAUAAAUUUACUUUCUCCUCAAAAUAUAUAUUAUGUAAAUUUAGUCUUGUGCUUAUAACAUUUCAAUUAGAAAACCACAUUUAUAUGCUCUAGAAUUAUUACGAUCCUGUUUUUUUUUUUCAGUUUUUUCCUAUAUACUAUUUUAAUGAAAACUAUUUUUUAACAAUUAAUGAUGAUAUUAAAAAAAUAUCCUAUAUGUAACAAUAUCGCUUCCUAGCAAAGCCUACCGUUAUAUGAACUAACAUUGUAAUCUAGUCAUAUUUAAAUUACAGCAUGCUUACCAUUUGCGCUCCAAAAUGAGAAAAAUAAAUGAAAAAAACUAUAUUGGAUAGCAAAUGACUCGCGAGUCGAGUUUAUGAUAAGCCGCUGUGUUCAAAUUGGUCUCGAAAAAAUAAGCUACACAUUUAUAUAUGUAUAUAUAUAAAUAUAACUAUUUAAAUAUCUUUACAAAUGUUAUUAAUAACGAAAAUAAGGCAGUUUGCUAAGUGCUGUUAAAACGCAACACAUUAAAAGGUCUGUAAAACAAUCUUUAAUGUAAGGGAUGGCGUAGAAUGUUAUUUUAAUGUAUUCGAAAUGCAUUAGUUCAUGGUAUGGGUGGUAUAGUUUUAUAUGUUUAUUUUUUUAACCACAUAUGUUGUAUCUAUAAAUAUUUUUCAAUAAAUAAUCUGUAUUGUGUA